AUGGAUGAAAUUUUGACUAUUGUAUAAUUUGCUGAACGAGACGUAGGCGAGUAAAUAAAUCCAUAGUAUGCAUCAAAAACAACAAUCGUCUGUAAAUUAAUGUGAUGGUUUGUGUGACUAUAUAUACUCUGUUCGCUUCUAAUUCAUUCAGCAAAUCUAACACUCGGCGAAACAACACAUUUCCAUAUAGUAACGAAAUGAAUGUAUAAUGGGCCAAUUAAUCGACCACAAAAACUAUGAACUAAAAACUGUAGAAAAAAUAAAUUCGUAGAUCGUAUAUUUGCGUCCAUGAGUCAGUCACAAUGCCAUUCGUUCUAGAGUUACACUCGUAUAUGUACGCGAUUAGCUGGUGAUUGCAUGCGACAGCCAUAACACAGACUCGACAGUAUAGAGUUAAAACAAUUUUGUUAUUUGAUUAAUAUCGCGCUUUGUAUGUUUCGAAUAUGUUCGCGAUAAUUGUGUCUGUAUUAUGUGUUUUAAGUUUGUACAUAUGGUGCAAACAAAAAUUGUCGGUUUGGAGUAAACAAAGUGUACCAAAUAGCAGUCACAGUAUAUUCCAAAUAGUGAAAUUGCCAUUUCUUCAAUUAGAUUCGGAACUAGUGGCUCAGCACGGAAAAGUUGUAGGAUUAAUCAAUUUCUUCCGUCCAACAUUGCUGAUUGCCGAUCUUGAGCUAACCAAAUCGAUUUUGAAUGACCUCGAACAUUUUCCGAACCGAAUAAAAUUCGGUGCCGAGAAAAACAUAAGUGGAGAGAACAUUCUAUUCGCUAGAGAUUCGAAAUGGCGAAGGUUACGGCACAUUGUUACACCAUCAUUCAGUCCCAACAAACUUCGUCGAAUGUUACCGUUGAUGGAAAGCUGUGUCCACGACCUGAUUGAUGCGCUCGAAUCAGGCGAACCGAUAGUUGAUGUGAAACCAUACUUUUCUGGAUUCACAUUGGACACGAUUGCAAAAUGUGCAUUCGGUAUUCAGCUGAAUUCGGCCAAAGAUCCCAACAAUGAGUUCGUUAAAUAUGGCCAAAAGUUUUUCGGCUCUUUGCAACUGAAUACUCUUCUAGUUAUACUCUUCCCAACGUUCUCUACCGAAGUAUUGAAUUUGCAUGGUUUCAAUAGAGAGGCGACCAGGUUUUUCUUUAACCUGACGCUGCAAAUUAUCGAAGAUCGUCGACAAUCGAAGGCAGACAAUGACUACAAUGACUUUAUUGGAUUACUAAUGAAGGCUGAAUUUGAAGGUCAACUAUUAACAGACAAACAAAUAGCCGAUCAAGGAAUAGCAUUUUUCUUGGCUGGUUUCGAUACGAGCUCGGUAACGCUGACAACGAUCGCGUAUCUUUUGGCUAAGCAUCAACCAGUUCAGGAUCAGCUGAAAACCGAAAUCGAUCAAUUUUUUAAGGAAAACAAAUCCGUUUCCUAUGACACAAUCAACGAAUUGAACUAUUUGGACGCUGUGAUCAAUGAGACGCUACGUUAUUCGCCAACUUUACCACGAUUAAUGAGAGAAGCGGACAAAGACUAUACAAUCGAAUACAAUGGAAAGGAAAUAUUUAUACCCAAAGAUACCCACAUCCAAAUGUCUGUACAUUGCAUCCACCACGACGAAGAGAAUUUCGAGGAUGCUACGCAUUUUCGACCGGAGAGAUUUCUGAAAAAUUCGAUCUUGAAACACAACACGAACGCUUUUCUACCGUUCGGAAAUGGUCCACGCAAUUGUGUGGGCGUUCGAUUGGCAAUGCUCGAAAUCAAGGUUUGCGUUCUACAUCUUAUUCGCCGAUUUCAGUUUGAAAUGGUCGACAAAACAGAACCACUGAAAUAUGCACCAGCGCAGCCAGUAUCCAGCACAGAAACAAUGUAUUUGAAAUUAGUGAAGCGUCAGUUGUAGGGGCCUUUUAAAAAUUGAUUUAUAUUAUAUGACAGUGACAGUGCAGGCAGAGGGUCUAUGAACCGCAACACUAUUUGAAUAAUAUCUUUUAUUGGGGUUGCUCUACUCACUAGAUCUGAGAUGGCCGAUGGCGAAAAACCCGUUUUCGAUACGCGUAACGAGCUAGUACUCUUCCUAACGCAUGAUAAAAGGCUUUUUUCAAGGAAUCAAAUUCGCUACAAUAACAUUUCCCACAAUUUGUCUAGCUAGUGUUGGUAUGAACGACAAAGUCGUGAUAUUUCCACACUAGACAGCGAAUAGUAUUUUUCGUACCAAGCCAGGGAAUGACGAUUUUUUCAGCACCAAUCCUAAGUUUUAUUGUAGAAUUUUGUGCACUACCUCAUUGCACGACUAUACGUACUACGUAUAUGUUCACAUAUUCACAGUGGUAAUACAUUAUUGAAUUAA